UUACCCCCCGCUUGUCCAUUCUGCAGCGUUUCCUUUUUCCAUUCCGUCGCCCCUUUCGAAACGCUGCACCCGUUUUCUCCUCCUCCUCCUCCUCCUCCCCACAACACGCACGCACACACACCACACACACACAGGCUCAAACACUCCUUCCUCACUUUGGAAUGAAGCAAACUUCUGAAUGGGGCGCCCAGCAAUAGACCCCUGGCCUUUGGGCUUGCAGAGGGCCGGUCCUUGAAGCCGGGGGGUCUCCAUUCCGCCGCCCCCCUCCCAGAAAAGGGGAAAAGGCGGUUUUCCCCGACUUGAUCCCCUCCCCGGCCGCCGCCGACGUCGGAGUGCAAAACAAGGCGAAGUAACAAGCAGGGGAGCGAUGCAGGUGCGGGGGAAGGCAACCGAGGAAUCCGGAGCCCCCGCGGCGUUCUAACCGCAAGGAAUUGGCUUCAACUUGAAAUAUCUGCACCUUUUAAUUCCUUCCUGAUAGCAAGUGUGUGGCUGGAUGCUAUAUGUCAUAGAGUUGUCAUAAGUCUGCUUUUGGAUAGUGGGUGCUGAAGUACAAGGCAGGUCCUUGCGCUGCAUUUGGCCAGUCGCUCUCUCUGCCACCUAGGAUGAGUAACUGCAGCAGUCGCGCCCUGACCCUGCUGUCUAGUGUUUUUGGAGCGUGCGGGCUGCUCCUGGUGGGCAUUGCUGUCAGUACUGACUAUUGGCUGUUCAUGGAGGAAGGGAUUGUGUUUCCACAAAACCAGACCACGGAAAUAGUCAUGGCACUCCAUGCUGGCCUCUGGAGGGUUUGCUUCUUUGCAGGUCAGAAAAAAGGCAGUUGUGUGGCUUCUGAAUACUUCCUCGAGCCGAGGCCUGACCCUGAUCCUGAAGGGCCACUUGUUACAGAGAACACAGAAAAUAUCCUCAAGACCAUUCGCACAGCCACCCCCUUUCCCAUGGUCAGCCUCUUCCUGGUCUUCACAGCCUUUGUCAUUAGCAAUAUUGGACAUAUCCGCCCACAGAGAACCAUCCUGGCUUUCGUUUCAGGCAUCUUCUUCAUCCUUUCUGGGCUGUCCCUGGUGGUAGGCCUGGUCCUGUACAUCUCCAGCAUCAAUGAUGAAGUGAUGAAUCGCCCCAGUGGUUCGGAGCAGUAUUUCCAGUAUCGCUAUGGAUGGUCCUUCGCAUUUGCUGCCUCUUCUUUCUUGCUGAAAGAGGGUGCAGGUGUGAUGUCCGUCUACCUCUUCACCAAACGUUACGCCGAAGAGGAAAUGUAUCGCCCGCACCCGGCCUUCUACCGUCCUCGCUUGAGCGACUGUUCUGACUACUCGGGCCAGUUCUUGCACCCUGAAGUGUGGCACCGUGGGCGCAGCCCCUCUGACAUCUCCAGUGAUGUCUCCAUCCAGAUGACUCAGAACUACCCACCAGCCAUCAAGUAUCCCGAACAUAUGCACAUAUCAACAUCACCUUGCUAGACCUGCCAUAGAACAUGGUGGACAAGGAGCCUGGCCUUUGCUUGUAGACUACAUUGUCCAAUCCCCCCCCCCAGCUCCCUGUGAGGCUCCCUACUGAUGGGGACCUCUUUCCUUCUUUGAAGACCUACCUGCUUUGCUAUAAAUGCCAUCUCUCUCUCUCUCUCUCUCCCUCCCUCCUUCUCUCUCUCUCUCUUUUUCCCUUUCUCCCACUUUCUUCUUCUCCAGCUAGUGGGAGUCUUCCAAGCCACCUAUGGAAUUGCUGAUGCUCAUGUUGGAAAACUGUUCUCAUUUCUGGAUUCUUCCAGGAAGCUCCGCCAUCCAAUGAAAAAUUCUUCCCCACUCUUUCCUACCUUCCUGAUCUUCCACAGACCAGUGGAAGAAGCGGCACGAAGGAACACGUUUUCUACUUCUGCAAUGCUGCCUCAAACGUUUUCUCCUUUCACUCAGAGAGUUGGAAUCACUAUCAAGAAACAGCUCACCAAGCAUGCUUCCCUCAACCUUUUCACCCAAAUAUUUGACAAAAAUGGGGUUGUGAAACCAUCUCUGCUUUUCAGAUCUCGAGAGGAAGAAUUACCAAAUGCUGGGGUUUUUUUUAAUCAAUUCCCGAUCGGAGAGGUUCAGUCAGUGCCCCCAUCUUAUCAAACAGCACCUAAUUGCUUUAUUCUUACUGGUGCUGUAUUUAGUUUCCUGACAUCAAAUGGCAUCUUAUUUUAUUUUCCUCCAUGCGAGGAAAACCUCAUUUCUCCAGCUUUAUCCAUCAGCAAACAGUAAAUCUUUCCAUGAGUUAGUAAGAAAUGACAGGUAAUAUAUAUAGGGAUACCAUAUUGGUUUGACUAAGAAUGGCCUGGUCCAAUGAAGUAUCUUGCUAUUUUUCUUUCCAUUACAGGUAGUCCUUGACUUACGACCACAACUGAGACCAGAAUUUCCUUGCUAAGCAAGUGGUUGUUAAGUGAGUCAGCCUGAUUUUAUGGCUUUUUUUUUUUUGGCCAUGUUUGUUAAAUGAAUCAUUCUAGUGAAUCACAUAGUCCUUACGUGACUCUUGUCUUUCACUAUGAACUUUGAUUGUUGGAAGCUGGCUGGGAAAGUCGCAAAUGGCGAUCACAUGACCCUGGGAUGCUGCAACGGUCAUAAAUAAAAGCCAAUCACCAACCGCUCGGAUUUUGAUCAUGUGACCAUGGAGUGGCUGCAAAAGUUGUAAGAGUAAGGACUGGCCACAAGUCACCUUUUCCAGUGCUUGUUGUAACUUCAAGCAGUGGCUAAAUGAAGGGUUACAAGGCAAGGACUAACUGUAUUCUGGAAUGAAGCCAAGUUCUGAGAUAGUUGCUAGACUGAUUUAGCAAUUUCUCUAAAUUUUUUCCCCCCAAUAUUUUUUAACUACAAAUGAAUUGUAGUUAGAAGCAACCCAAGUAAUUUUCUGUAUCCUAACUUCAGUUCUUGCUCCCUCGUUCUCAUCUUCUAGAUGGGGGUGUCCAACUUGGCAACUUUAAGACCCGUAUACUUCAACUCCCAGAAUUCUGGAAGUUGAAGUCCGUAGGUAUUAAAGUUGCAAAGGUUGGAUAUCCCUAUUCUAGAUUCUGUCAACCAAUAACUAGGCCACUUUUUUAUACAGAUACAACCGGCCCAUUUUGGCAAGUUUUUGAUAUUGCUUCCAAGCCUGUUCUUGAAACCUCUGAAAUAACAAGGCAUCAUCGCAGCAGGCUAAUAGAUGGAUCAUAUCACGGAUAUAUUUUUUCUGCAAUCUCUGUUCUGUCAUUGAAGGAAGUAACCUAGCUAACGUCUAAAACUGCUCCAAAACUUUUCAUGUCAUUUGCCUUCUUUCUGAUUCAACUUCCUGGCUCUUUCUCCAUUUUUAUUUUCUUCAGUAUUAUGAAGAACUGACUCUACAGGUUGUUCUUCGAGAGAUCUUUUUGAAGAGACAUUUUCAUUUGGAACCCAUCAAUAAGAACAAAAAUACUUCAUUAUAAAGGGGUGAGGAACUAACAGUGUCUUCCAGCCAUCAAUGCCUCAAAUGCCACCUUCAUCUUAAGCGACCUGGCCGUAGUUGGCCACAAAUCGAAGUUCCUUACAAUGCAAGACUCUCCUCAGUCAUGGUUCCUUCCAUCUUGAUGCCACGUAUGGCCAGUGAGGUGAAAAACACAUUUUUAAAAAAAGAAUCACAAAGAGAGAAAAACCCACACUCCUAAAGAAAGAAUUUAGUAUUCAGCUUCCUUUUUAUUUCAGACAUUAUUCACUUUUGGUUUGUUCAAUUUACUUACUGCUUUACUGCUUUCUCCAUUUUAGUUUCUUCUUAACAUUAUUUAUAUAUUCAGGGCAUCUGCUCCUUCGCUCUUAAUUUUUAUUUAACCACAUUUUCAUCUUCCUUCCUUUUAAUUAACUUCAAUUUUCAAUUUCUUACAGAUUUUAUUGCUGGUGCAGGCAUCUAGAAGCAUUCCAGAUGCUCAGUGGGUUUUUUUAAAAACAUGUUUUCCUUUCCCUGAUCAUUGUUUUAAUAUAUAUCCAUUAUCAUUUUUUUUUAAAAACCACACCUUUCCCUGUUCCUCCUUUCUCUCUGUUAUCCAGCUACUCCUUUCUAGCUCCUGUGUAUUCAGUGUUGAGCCAAGAAGAACCAAGUAUUGAAAAGUACAAUGAAAUUUGGAAGAAAAUGCCAUGAUAAGCAAGCACACCAAUAUAAUUGCUGGAUAAAAAAAGAAGGGGCAGAAAAAUAGACUGCAUUUGGUGGAAAAAUGAAGCAGUAAACAGUAAACGAAAAGGAUGUGAGGAAUCUUGCAAGGUCUAAAGGGGUUAUUUUUGUGGAAAUAUAGAGUGCUUUUGAUGGAAAUGAAAUGCAGGUAGUCCUCAAAUUAUAACCACAUGGAGCCCAAAAUUUCUGAUGCAAAGCAAGACAGUUAAGUCUUCCCCAUUUUACAACCUUUUUUGCGACAGUUAUUAAGUUGCAGUUGUUAACACCACGGUUGUUAAGUGAAUCUGGGUUCCCCAUUGAUUUUGCUUGUCAGAAGGUCGCAAAAGGGAUUUUGGGGAUGUCUUUAUGACUGCAACUGUCUAAAUACAUGCCAAUUGCUAAGCAUUCAAACUCUAUAAUGGUCGUAAGUGUGAAAAAUGGUUAUAAGCCACUUUUUUCAGUGCCAUUGUAAUUGUGCCGUUCAAAUGUCACUAAACAAAUGGUUGUAAGUCGAGGACUACCCUUACAUCUUGUGUAAGACAAGAGGACUGCAUUUUUCCUUAGUGAACUUUUUUCCCCCACCAGCCUAUUUUUCUGGUCCAUCGUACAAGCAAGGGCUGUGGGGGGUGGAUGCUGCAUUUUCUUUAUGAGGAAUGAGAAAGGACCAUGGCCUUAUUGGAUUAAGUGGCUCAUCCAGACCUACCUUGCAAGAGGGAGAUCAAUGUUUCUCAACCUUGGCAACUUUAAGAAAUGUGAACGUCAAUACCCAGAAUUCCCCAGCUGGCUGAGGGAUUCUGGGAGUCGAAGUCCACAUAUUUUAAACUUGUGAAGGUUGAGAAAUGCUGGAUCAGAUGUUUUAAUGGAAAUGGAGAUCAUUCCCGAAUACAGAAUUUUCCCUUAUAUUUUCAACGCAUCUUCCUUGGGAGAAGCGAAGACGAUCCUGCUCCUUUUUUUUAACCAGUUCUAAGCGAUGGUGAUGAGCUGCAUUAGAAGGCCGUUGAGGAAACGAAGGAGCCAUUGCGCGCAGACACCGUAGAAGUAGGAAUCACAAGGAUUUGUGAAGGAUAAAGAACUUCGGAUCCCUCUGAAUGGCUUUGAAAGGGAGAGGAAGAAAAAAAAAUGCUGACUCAGAUCUGGCACACAAAGAGCCUUCUGAAUCUCCCCCCCUCCCUUCCUCCCCCUCCCCCGGCAUGUCUCCUGCUGCUGCUGUGUCAGCAUCAACUGCAGCUCAGUUCACCUUCAGGUACUGCGCUGGAGAUCACAAUCCAGCACAAGAUCUAUUUCGCGCACGUGCUUUUUCCUUGUCCUCGCUCAGGGGCAUCUCCCCAGGUGUUUUAUUUGCCAUUUACUUCUUCAUCCCGGCUCAUUCAAAGCAAAGGAAGAGUUGCUAAACUUGCUCUGUUGCAAAAGGGUGUACCUGGCUCAAAUAAGUCUUCCUCUUCUUUGCAUUUUUUUUUUAAUAUAAAAACAAAAUGAACUAUGUCCUCUCAUGAUGCUUCCCGCAACAAUCCUGUGAAGUAGGCUGGGCAGAGAGAAAGCGAUCGACCCGAAGUCAACCACCGAAUUUUCAUGGCUGUAUAUAGUGACACUAUAA